GAGUUGCAUGCUCUAUCAACUGAGCCAGCCAGGCGCCCCGUGGCUUGACUUUAAAGUAGUUUUUUCUCUACCGUAUCUGUCAGAUUUUUUUGUAAAUGCAUCACGAAGAGGCAACCCAGAAUGAAGAAAGCAAGCAGGAGUGUUGGCUCAGUGCCUAAAGUGUCUGGGAUAAGCAAAACGCAAACAGUAGAAAAAACUAAACCUGAAAACAGUUCUUCAGCAUCUACAGGAGGCAAACUCGUAAAACCUGGAACAACAGCAUCAUUGGCAAAGACCAAGAGCAGUGAUGACCUCUUAGCUGGAAUGGCUGGAGGGGUGACUGUGACUAAUGGUGUUAAAGGAAAGAAAAGCACCUGCCCUUCCACAGUGUCUUCAGCAUCAGCCCCUGCCAUGACUACUGUGGAGAACAAAUCGAAGAUCAGCACAGGUACAAGUUCUUCAACCAAGCGGAGCACUUCCAUAGGUAAUAAAGAAUCUGGUUCUACUAGAGAAAGAUUACGUGAGCGUACCCGACUAAACCAGAGCAAAAAACUACCUUCUGCGGGUCAGGGAGCUAAUGACGUGGCAUUGGCCAAGCGUUCGCGCAGUCGCACAGCUACGGAAUGUGAUGUUCGCAUGAGCAAGUCUAAGUCGGACAACCAAAUCAGUGACAAAGCUGCUUUGGAAGCCAAAGUGAAAGAUCUUCUCACACUGGCAAAAACCAAAGACGUGGAAAUAUUACAUUUGAGAAAUGAACUCCGAGACAUGCGUGCUCAGCUGGGCAUUAAUGAGGAUCAUUCCGAGGGUGAUGAAAAAUCUGAGGAGAAGGAAGCCAUCAUUGCUCACCAGCCAACUGACGUGGAGUCCACUUUACUGCAGUUGCAGGAACAGAAUACUGCCAUCCGGGAAGAACUCAACCAGCUCAAAAACGAAAAUAGAAUGUUAAAGGACAGGUUGAAUGCGCUGGGCUUUUCCCUAGAGCAGAGGUUAGACAAUUCCGAAAAACUGUUUGGUUAUCAGUCCCUGAGCCCAGAAAUCACCCCUGGCAAUCAGAGCGAUGGAGGAGGGACCCUGACCUCUUCGGUGGAAGGCUCUGCCCCUGGUUCCGUGGAGGAUCUCUUGAGCCAGGAUGAAAACACCCUCAUGGACCAUCAGCACAGUAACUCUAUGGACAACCUAGACAGCGAGUGCAGUGAGGUGUACCAGCCCCUCACGUCGAGCGAUGAUGCCCUGGAUGCACCAUCGUCCUCAGAGUCCGAAGGCCUUCCGAGCAUAGAGCGAUCCCGGAAAGGGAGCAGUGGUAACGCGAGUGAAGUGUCCGUCGCGUGCUUGACAGAACGGAUACAUCAGAUGGAAGAGAACCAACACAGCACGAGUGAGGAACUUCAGGCAACUCUGCAAGAGCUAGCUGAUUUACAACAGAUAACCCAGGAACUGAACAGUGAAAAUGAAAGGCUAGGGGAAGAGAAGGUUAUUCUCAUGGAGUCUUUAUGUCAGCAGAGUGAUAAGUUGGAACACUUUAGUCGACAGAUUGAAUAUUUCCGCUCCCUUCUCGAUGAGCAUCACAUUUCUUAUGUCAUAGACGAGGAUGUGAAAAGUGGACGCUAUAUGGAAUUGGAGCAACGUUAUAUGGAUCUAGCAGAGAAUGCCCGUUUUGAACGAGAGCAGCUUCUUGGUGUCCAGCAGCAUUUAAGCAAUACUUUGAAGAUGGCAGAACAAGACAACAAGGAAGCUCAAGAAAUGAUAGGGGCACUCAAGGAACGCAAUCACCAUAUGGAGCGGAUUAUUGAGUCUGAGCAGAAGGGUAAAGCAGCCUUGGCAGCCACAUUAGAGGAGUACAAAGCCACAGUGGCCAGUGAUCAGAUAGAGAUGAACCGCCUGAAGGCUCAGCUAGAGAAUGAAAAGCAGAAAGUGGCAGAGCUGUAUUCUAUCCAUAACUCUGGAGACAAAUCUGAUAUUCAGGAUCUCCUGGAGAGUGUCAGGCUGGACAAAGAAAAAGCAGAGACUCUGGCUAGUAGCCUGCAGGAAGACCUAGCUCACACCCGAAAUGAUGCCAAUCGAUUGCAGGACACCAUUGCAAAGGUAGAAGAUGAAUAUCGAGCCUUCCAAGAAGAAGCUAAGAAACAAAUAGAAGAAUUGAAUAUGACAUUAGAGAAACUAAGAUCAGACCUAGAAGAAAAAGAGACAGAGAGGAGCGACAUGAAAGAAACCAUCUUUGAACUUGAAGAUGAAGUAGAACAACACCGAGCCGUGAAACUCCAUGACAACCUCAUUAUUUCUGAUUUAGAGAAUACAGUUAAAAAACUCCAGGACCAGAAACAUGACAUGGAAAGAGAAAUCAAGACACUCCAUAGGAGACUUCGGGAAGAAUCUGCGGAAUGGCGGCAAUUUCAAGCUGAUCUCCAGACUGCUGUGGUCAUUGCAAAUGACAUUAAAUCUGAGGCCCAAGAGGAGAUUGGCGAUCUGAAGCGCCGGUUACAUGAGGCUCAAGAAAAAAAUGAGAAACUCACAAAAGAACUGGAGGAGAUAAAGUCACGCAAGCAAGAGGAGGAGCGAGGCCGGGUGUACAACUAUAUGAAUGCUGUUGAGAGAGACUUGGCAGCCUUAAGGCAAGGGAUGGGACUGAGUAGAAGGUCUUCAACUUCCUCCGAGCCAACCCCUACGGUGAAAACCCUCAUCAAGUCCUUCGACAGUGCAUCACAAGUACCAAACCCCACUGCAGCCACAAUUCCUCGCACGCCUUUGAGUCCAAGUCCGAUGAAAACCCCUCCUGCUGCAGCUGUCUCACCUAUGCAGAGACAUUCCAUAAGUGGACCAAUCUCUACAUCCAAGCCCCUGACGGCACUGACAGAUAAGAGACCAAACUAUGGGGAGAUCCCUGUUCAAGAGCAUCUAUUAAGAACAUCUUCAACCAGCCGACCCGCUUCUCUGCCAAGAGUACCUGCCAUGGAAAGUGCCAAGACCAUCUCAGUGUCUCGACGAAGUAGUGAAGAGAUGAAACGAGAGAUCUCUGCACCUGAGGGAGCUUCACCGGCCUCUCUUAUGGCUAUGGGAACCACGUCUCCACAGCUUUCUCUGUCCUCCUCUCCCACGGCAUCCGUCACCCCCACCACUCGAAGUCGGAUAAGGGAAGAAAGGAAGGACCCUCUGUCAGCAUUGGCAAGAGAAUAUGGAGGUUCAAAGAGGAAUGCCUUGCUGAAGUGGUGUCAGAAGAAGACAGAAGGUUAUCAGAAUAUUGAUAUUACGAACUUCAGCAGCAGCUGGAAUGACGGGCUGGCCUUUUGCGCUCUCCUGCAUACGUACCUUCCGGCCCACAUUCCGUAUCAAGAGCUGAACAGCCAAGAUAAGCGAAGGAACUUCACACUGGCCUUCCAGGCAGCUGAGAGCGUCGGCAUCAAAUCCACACUGGACAUUAAUGAAAUGGUGCGGACUGAGCGGCCCGAUUGGCAGAGCGUGAUGCUCUACGUGACAGCAAUCUACAAGUACUUCGAAACCUGAGCACCUCUGAAGGACUCUCCCCGUUACCAAGUGACACCAGUGCCAUUAGCUACGCACCCCGUAAAGCUUUCAGUGACUCUCUGAGCUGCCCUGCAGCGUGUGAGCCUUCAGCCGGGGCCUCUGAGUCAGGAGAACUCAGGCCUCUAUGGCCCCCGGCUCGCAGCCGGCUCCGCACACAUGACCUGUCCGGCCCAAGGUUGGCCUGGGCUCCACGCAUGUCACACACGCUGUUUGCUGCCAGUUUUUUUCUGAAGAGAAUAUUGAACUGCAUUAGUGCUAUGGAGUGUGCAGACCAGCUCCUGCACAGCUAAACCUGGGAAAGUGGGUGAAACUCAGUGGGCAGCUCACGGGGAUUAGUGAAAGCUUUCGCCACAGCUCUUCUCAACUGCUCGCCAGUGCGGCUUCUGUCACCCAUGAGAACCAGGCAGGGGACUCGGCGCCCGGCAGAGGUGCCUGGGGAACAGGCUGCAGCCCUGGACGUGGAGGGCCAUGGAGUACAUCACCAUGGCCACAGGGCAGCCACCGCUUCCGUGUGGCGGGGCUGGUGUGGCCUGCGUGGUUUAGGUGUCUGCAGCUUGAGCUAACAGUGAAUUGUGACUCGAGUUCCCAGCUGGUGGCGCCCAUCACUGCUGAAGGGCUGGUUUUGCAGCUGGGCGCCCUUCAAGUGGAGGUGGCCCCUGUCCUCGGCGCUGCCAACCUGUCCUUCAGCUUGGAAGGGGCUUGGAAACCCAGGUCUGACUUUAGGUUUCUGGACAAAAGAAUUGGUUAAAAGGAGUUCUGGUUUAAAAAAAUUUUUUU